AUGGGGGACACCGUUGCUGGCAGCGGACUCGGUGCCACGAGCGAAAUCUCGGUGGGGACUGGGCUCAACAUGCUUGAACUUGGCGUUGACGUAGCAGUCGGUGCGGGUGGAGGUGACGCAUUCGGAACGGCAUUCGUCGACGGCGCGGUCGUGACUGGAUCCGUCGCCGGCAAUCGCGACGGCACAGAAGAUGUUCGUUGCGGUUGCAACGUAGUAACCGGCGCCGAGCUCGGCACCGCAGUCGACUGUGCUGGCAACGUCGUCGGCUCCGACGUCGGCGUCGCACUCGAUGGCGUUGUCGUGGACUGCGCUGGCAACGUCGUUGGUGCUACGCUCGACGGCGUCGUUGUCGACUGUGCUGGCAACGUCGUCGGUCCCGACGUUGGCGUCUCACUCGGUGGCGGCGUCGUCGACUGGCUUGGCACCGUCGUCGGCUCCGACAUCGGCGUCGCACUCGAUGGCGUGGACUGCGCUGGCAACGUCGUUGGUGCUACGCUCGACGGCGUCGUUGUCGACUGUGCUGGCAACGUCGUCGGCUCCGACGUCGGCGUCGCACUCGAUGGCGUUGUCGUGGACUGCGCUGGCAACGUCGUUGGCGCUACGCUCGACGGCGUCGUUGUCGACUGGCUGGGCAGCGGCGUUGGCCCCGACCGGCGCUGA